GUCAGCAGGAGAACACGCAGCAAGUGAAGUGGAAAGCGGCUCCCGUUCUGCUCCUCGUCCCACUUUGGAAAAAAAAAAAAAAAAACUUUUGGACGAGAAAUUCUGUCAGGAACUUCCCCGCAUCGAGAGUUCCUUUUUUUUUUUUACAUUUUCACCCCGCCUUCAUUAUUAUUAUUAAUUUAUAUUGGUGUCCUUAUGCCGGUGAGUUGACAUCGUCUCGUCUAGAAGCUGUGGAGGUGGAAGACGUUCGAGUCUUCUCGCACCGCAGUGCGCCCCAUUCGGUCUAAUCCAUGACGGCAGAGGUCCAGCAGCCCCACGCGCAGACUCCUGGCCAGAGCAGCCCCAUGUCUGCUCCGGACAAGACCGCCGUGAUGGACGCCGCCUCCUCCGCCUCUUCCUCUUCCUCCAGCGCCAAAGCCAAGAAGACCAACGCCGGAAUCCGCCGGCCGGAGAAGCCCCCUUACUCCUACAUCGCCCUGAUCGUCAUGGCCAUCCAGAGCUCGCCCACCAAGCGGCUGACCCUCAGCGAGAUCUACCAGUUCCUGCAGAGCCGCUUCCCCUUCUUCCGGGGCUCGUACCAGGGCUGGAAGAACUCGGUGCGCCACAAUUUGUCCCUCAACGAGUGCUUCAUCAAGCUGCCCAAGGGGCUGGGGCGGCCGGGCAAGGGCCACUACUGGACCAUCGACCCGGCGAGCGAGUUCAUGUUCGAGGAGGGCUCCUUCCGGAGGAGACCCCGAGGCUUCAGGCGCAAGUGCCAAGCGCUCAAGCCCAUGUACAGCAUGAUGAACGGCUUGGGCUUCAACCACAUCCCCGAGUCGUACAACUUCCAGGGGGGCGGCGGGGGGCUGUCCUGCCCCCCCAACAGCUUGUCGCUGGACAGCGGGAUCGGGAUGAUGAACGGACACAUGGACGGGAUGGCGCUGUCCGGGCAUUCCAUGACGCACUUGUCGGCCAACGGCGGCCACUCGUACAUGGGCAGCUGCGCCGCGUCCGCCGCCGAGGGGGGCUACCCCCACCACGACCAGUCCGCCUCGCCUCUGCUCGCCAGCGGCGGCGUGAUGGAGCCGCACCCGGUCUACUCCGGGCCGGCUUCGGCCUGGGCUCCGGCGCCCGCGUCGGCCUCUCUCAGUAACGGAGCUUCCUACGUCAAACAGCAGCCGCUGUCCCCGUGCAACGCGGGGGCCAACCCGCUGCAGCCCAGCCUGCCCACCGCGCACCCGCUGGAGCAGCCGUACCUGCACCAGAACGGCCACACGGCCGCAGACCUGCAAGGCAUCCCUCGGUACCAUUCCCAGUCACCGAGCAUGUGCGACCGGAAGGAGUUCGUGUUCUCCUUCAACGCCAUGACGUCGUCGGCCAUGCACUCCCCCAGCAGCGGCUCCUACUACCACCACCAGCAGGUCUCCUACCAGGACAUCAAGCCGUGCGUCAUGUGAUGCGGGCUCGGUUCGGUUCGGUUCAGCUGAAACCAGAAGGACAAGAAAACCACUGAGGGGAUGUGAAGGCCUGGACAAAGACAAGCCGGACUACUUUUUCAUCCCCCUUCUUUCGUCUCACACGAGAGCAGCCCUCUGUCGUGAUGAUGAUGAUGAUAAUAAUAAUAUAUAAUAAUACAAACUUUUCCGUGCCGUCAUCCUGGAGCGGCGGAGUGAUAGUCUGCUGACGUUUGGUACUAAGUCCUGCAGCGCGGAUGACUACAACUUCACACUUUUUUUUGUCCAAUUUUUUUUCUUCUUCGUCCUUGUAAGAAAAAAAAAAGAAAAGAAAAAAGGCACACUAUUUUCUGUAUUCUCUUUCUUUGGCAUAUUACACUAUUUUGGACUUCCAGUGACACGAACUCUUGGGGACAUUGUACUCAAUAUGUCAAUUUUUUUUACUGUCUAAAAAAUGAUAAGGCACUUUUGAAUAGCCUAUAAGCGCAAUUUUUUUUUAUUUAUUCUGAAGGCCUGCAUAUUUUUAAUUUCAGGCGAAUUUGGCCAAGGAGGUGUUAUAGCUUUAUUGGCAAUAUUUGUCAGAACGCUUGUUAUUUGUUUUAAAAUGAAAAUGGAGGAUAUAUUGUAAGCACCGUUUCUGUCGUUAGGAUACGUAGACCAUGAAUUAAUGCCAGCACUGUAUAUUGUUCUAUAUUGUUGGAGAAUUUAGCGAGGGUCAUCUUUAUUACAAUCUGAAAGAAAUAAAAUAUUUGUUGGGCUGUUGACGCCUAAAUUCUCAAAACCGAUACACUUGGAUUUUUAUUGAACACUCAAAACACGUGAACAAAACCGCACGAGACAAUCGCAGAAUGUAUUAUUAUUAUUGCUCAUUUAACAGAAAAAAUAAUAAUUCAUUAGAACGUCAUAAAUUAGACGGACUUCAAUCUCAGGUCAGGAAAAAAAAGUGUUUAAAAUGUUUUUGCCUAAUCCUUAAAAGAACGUAGCAUUAGAAUAUUGUAUUAUGAACUAUAAUUACACAGAGACAUUUUGUAGAUAGUCACGUUUACAAACUAAAUCUUUUCUUUUAAAAUAAAAUAUAAUGCAAAUGCCGUGUUUGAUAAGGAUUAUAAAUUGAUUUUCCUAAAUUUGACCCUCAACACGUAUACGAAAGCUUUCUGUACAUAUGAUCAAAUACAUAAAAAUAUGCAUUGUAAGAAAAAUGUAAAUUAUUUUUUGACUGUCAAUUUCGGAUGUUUUUUUUUUUAUUUACUAACCUUUGUGUUUUGUCUGUAGCCACAGAGCUGUUCCUAAUAUUUUGUCCCGAUCAAAUAACAAAAUAAACGAAAAUAUUCAAACAUGAUAAAGUGCAG